AUGUUCAAGGGUCUGACCAAGGAUCUCACGGGUACUGCAGACAUCUGUAACACCGCCAAGGACUUCAGCAAGUUGCAUGCCUGUUCGUACUUGCUGCCGGGUGAAGACAUUAUGUUCGCCUUCGAGUCUGCCAAGGAGGAGUUCGCCUUCACCAACGAGGCGUUGAUCAUGACGUUAGGAGAGAAUGCCACCACUACGCGGAAGUUCGUGCAGCGCGCCACGUAUCGAGACUGCCCCAUCUCAAAGGUCUUCUUUGAGACCGCAGGACGAGUGGAUCGCGACUGUGAGAUCAAGUUCCAAAUCGGCGAGUACGACGUGUCCAUCGACAUCGCUCGUAAGGAAGAAGAAUUUGUUAAAGGUUUCUACAAGACACUAUUACUUCUCGCUCGAGAGCAAAAGUCCCGUGCUCGCAGCUGGAGUCAAGCCGAGAAGGGCUUGGGCGAAGCUGCAGACAGCUUGAAGAUAAUGACAGGCCACGAUCUCGUGUCACAAGCUUCCGGAGCUGCAGCAUGGCUCGAAAACGCCUUUAUCGAGCGCAAUCCGCGCUGCUAUCGUGAAGUUAUCGCUGGAGCUUUAGUUCAGACGGUUGCUGAAGGCAAAAAUUGCUGUUUUAGGGUGCUUUUAAAGUGUAUCCAUUGA